AUGUCUGGUUCAUCACAACGUUUGCGCAUUGGUAUCAUCGGCGCUGGAGAAGUGACCCAAAUUAUUCAUCUGCCCACCCUUUGCCAACUGUCUCAUCUUUACGAGAUUACUGCAGUCUGUGAUCUGUCAAAGAAGAAUGCAGAGCAUUGUGCAGCAAAGUAUCACGUCUCCAAGGCGACUACAGACCCAAACGAGAUCAUCAACAGCCGGGAUGUAGACAUCGUCUUCAUCUCUGUCUCUGACGAGUUCCACGAACCCUACGCCAUUGCAGCUCUCGAGGCACAGAAGAAUGUGUUUAUUGAAAAGCCUAUCACCCUGUCAAUGCAGUCUGCUCAGCGUAUCAUCGAUGCCGAGAAGAAGUCCAAAGGUCGCGUGUGGGUGGGCUACAUGAGACGCCACAGCCGCACUUUCACAGAUGCUUUCAAGCGCGAGCUCGAGUCCAUCCCGAAGAUCCUUUAUGCAAGAUCUCGUGACUUCUCAGGACGUAUGUUAAAACUCACCUGCCUCGAGCGUUGGGUCCUAUAUGCGGAUUGUCUGACAUGUUGCANNGCAAACGGUAAAUUCACCUCCCAAUCAGGCACUUUCCCUGUCAAAAACACCGAUUUUCCACCUUCGGCAGGAGAAGAGCGCAACAGAAGGGUGGACACCCUCUUACGAGAAGCCUUUGGCACCGAUCCCACUCCCGAACAAGUGAAAUAUGCCCGCUUCUUGGGCAGCUUAGGUAGCCACGAUCUGUCUCUUAUGAGAGAAUCUCUUGGCUUCCCUGAGGAUGUUACCGCCGUCACUGUUAACGAGCCCUUCUACUCUGCCAUCUUCAAGUGCCGCAACAAAUCUGGCGAUCCAUUCUUCGUCACCUACGAGUCAGGUAUCGAUGGUGUGCCAGAGUUUGACGCUCAUCUCGCUGUAUAUGGCGAGAACAAGCGUGUUACCAUCUUCUACGACUCUCCUUACAUCAAGACGCAAAAGCCCGUCAUGGUUAAAGUUCAGGAAGUUAACGAGGCUGGCGAGGUCCAGACCAGAGAAAUCAUCAGCUCUUUCGAAGAUGCCUUCGCCACCGAGUUCCAGGACAUGCAUGAUUGCCUUGUCAAUGGAAAGGAAAUCAAGACCAGUGCCGGGGACGCUAUCAAUGAGCUCAAGCUGUAUGACUUGAUGUACGCAAAGUAUGCCGAGACCAGCAAAUAA